AUGCAGAAUGACCCCAACGCUGCACAGGGCCUGGAGUUGUCAAAGCAGGAAGGUGGGAAGGAAAACACACCACCAAGCAAGCGACGCAAAAGUGCAGACAAAGUGAAGGGUGAGAAGGGCAUUGAAAUCGUGAGCCCGCGGGACUUGCAGCCGCCGCCUCCAGAGGACAUGGCCCUGGGCACCGAGAUUCCUUGGUUCUCGCUGAACGACAUCGAUGUUGGCAAGCGCCUUGGAGCCGGGAAGUUCGGCUCCGUCUACGUCGCUCGCUGUCGUCGCACAGGCUUCAUCUUUGCGCUGAAAGUGCUUGACAAGCGCCAGCUUAUCAAGCAUCGUGUCGAGCAUCAGCUGAGGCGAGAAAUCGAGAUCCAGUCUCAUUGCCGCCAUGUCAAUAUCCUGAGACUCUACACGUUUUUUCAUGACGAGAAGCGCGUCUAUCUUUGUUUGGAGAUGGCCCCCGGUGGGGAGCUGUAUGGACUCCUGCAGAAGCGCUGCACCUUCUCCGAGGCCCGCUCGGCUUGGUACUUCAAGCAAAUGGUCGAGGCCAUCCAGUACUGCCACUCGAAGCACAUUAUCCAUAGAGACAUCAAGCCUGAGAACAUUCUCAUCGGCUUGAGGGACACGCUGAAGAUCGCAGACUUCGGCUGGGCUGUGCACGCGCCCACAUCGAGACGCGAGACCUUCUGCGGCACUCUGGAUUAUCUUCCUCCCGAAAUGGUACUGCAAAAGAAGUACCAUGGCAAUGUUGAUGUAUGGGGCCUGGGUGUGCUCCUGUAUGAGUUCAUGGUGGGUAGGCCACCCUUCGAGGAUACCACCGAGAAGGGCACCUAUCGGAAGAUCAAGGGCGGAGCCAUUCAGUUUCCUCCGACUAUGACCAAGGAAGCCAAGGAUCUCAUUUCCAAGUUGCUGACGAAGAAUCCCAGCGACAGACUUUCACUGGAUGCGGUGCUGCGUCACCCCUGGGUGUCCAUCAACACGAGUGGGGAGAAUGCAAAAAGGCUCCAGGAGUACUAUGGAGGCAUUGUCUAG